AAAUCGAUUGGUAAUAAUAUUUAUUUGAACUGCGGUUAGUACGGUUUAUAAUAUUGUAUUCUGUUAAGUGUAAUAAUAUGUGACACUCUUAACGUCUUGUUUGAAAUCUAAGUUACGCUGCAGUAGCAGCGGCUAGGAUUAUUACACUACUAUUAAUUAUUAGUUUUGCUAUUCAUAAUUUAACAAUAAACUAAUAGAACAUGUUCCGUUAGAUUUGAAACUCUAUAUAAUUUCAUGUGAAAAAAAUGAACAAAUUAAUCGUGCCUUUAAUGGUUUUCAUCUGCAGUAGCCAUGUCGAAAACAUUGUGGGCAUCGAUCCUUUGCAUGACCAAUACGGACAACUCAUAUUUACAACACUAGUAUGUAUAUUAUAUAUAAAUUACGAAUAUAAAAAUUAAUGUUAUUUGCGUCAUAAACUAUAGUUGACACAUUAUUGUAUAACAAAGAUUGUGAUAACGCGCACUGUGAUGAAUGUACCUAUGGGUAUUAAACCGUAACACGUUUAGGUAAAGCUACCCACAAUUUGACAUGUUUCCGCAAAAUUAACACAACUUUUGGGCACACUAUAUUUCUUCAAAAAUAACACGACAGUAUGAAAACCCGGACGUCGUUCGUUUCCGCCUAAUAUAUUUCUUUCUACCUAAAUAUAGUUUAAGAACCCCAUUUAGAGUUAUUCCGGAGCCACCACAAGGAGGCGAUCCUCGUUGAUCCUUAAACAUUUUUUUUUUUCAGCAUCUAGUUAUUUGUAUUUAUAUCAUAUACGUAUGCAUUAUAUAUUCUAUAUUAAUUAUUAGUUUGAAGUGUAAUUGUUAUUGUUAAGUAAAAAAAGUCGGAUAACUUUGCACGUGGGCGUAGCUACUAUUGUAGGUGAGAAGCUGGGAAGGUGGUAGAGAGGCACUUUAAUGUAUAUCUGUAAGCAACAAUAAAUAGUUGCUAACGAAAAAAUGAUUCUGAGUGGAGUUCAGUUGUAGAUAGUGUUGCUUUGUCACCAAUAUACAUGUCAUAUUAUGGUAAAAUAUAAAAUAUAAAAUGCUUAUUACAUAAGCAUUAUAUAUUUUCAUUAAUAAUAUUUGUUUAAUAUUGUAUCCAUUUUUCCGUUUUUCUUAUGGUUUUUUAUAUUUUUUCCUGGUUUUUCAAAUUUUUUGGGAGAAAUUCUGGGAAAAUCGAAAAAUUACGUUUCUAAAAUACCUCCCUAAUUCGACUUCAGAAAAGGUUCAACAUUUAAAUUUCGAGUAAAAUUUCUGGUAGAAAAGUUGUCCACAGAAAAAAAAAAAAAAUAAAAAUAAAAAUAAAUGUUUUUAAAACUAUAAGCGUCUUCACUUCACAUUGAAUCUAAAAACGACAGAAGACAUAAUUCGCACCAUGAGUGAGCAACUUUUGUAAGUGAGAAAUUGGUAAGCUAGAAUACACAGGGGGAUUUAAUUUAUACUUAUACACAACGCGCGAUUAAAUAUUGCUAAUGAAAAACGAUUCCGAGUGAAGCUCAGUCAAUAUUAUUGUCUUUUCAACAAUGUGCAUUUUCAUGACGAUUUUUUAAAAAUGAUUAAAAUAUUAUAAUAAUUAAAACUUAAUAAAAAUAAUAAAAAUAAUAAAUAUAAAUAUAAUAAAAUAAAAAUAAAAAUAAAUAUAAUAAAAAAAAAAAAAACUGCUGCCAAUGACAAUCUUAUUUUUAAUUUUUUUUCACCUAAAGAAUCAGUUUUCUCUUAUUAUCUAGAAUAUUAAUGAGAAUUUCAAAAAAAUACUUUUGUAAAGUAUCUGCUAGAGCCAAAAUCCAUUGAAAAAGGUCCCUUGUAAAGUUUUUACUGAAGAAAAAAUUUAGGAGAAAUUUUGUAAACAGAAAAAAAAUAAAUAUCAUUGUAAAACCAAUAAAUAUUCCUCGUUUUACUCAAAAUCUAGAAAAGUUUUGUAUUUCUUGGUCACCAAAGUCGCAGUACUUAACUACUGAGCCAAUUAACUCUGUUUUCGAAAGAGGUCGAAUAUUGAAUUUUGAAUUCCCUACAAGUUAACAAUUUGACCGGCUUCAUGUUAUGGGUAAGAUGGACGUCAAAUGCACGAUGUUCUUUUGAAAACUUGUAAUGGCACUUAUUUCCCUACUUAAAAUAUUUGUUUUUGCCUCUAUUCCCGUGAAACACUCGUGAAUAUUAUAAAAUGCUGUAUAAUUUGAAAACACCGACGUGUAUAACAUAGAAUGCAUCCUUCCGUUUCCAUUUAUAAUAUAAACCAGGGGUUGGAAAUGAGUUUCACAGAGGGACCGAAUAAUUUGAAAAAAAAUUUUCAAGGACCAUAUAUAUUUGAAGUUGAACAAUGAAAACAGUUCAUUCUCUACACAUUUGGUUUUCUGUCUUAUUUACCACUUCCAGAAAAACAUUCAUUUUUACGUUAAUAAGUGUUUUUAUUUUGUAUCAAAAAUACAAUUAUUAUAUAACAUUAUUUAAUUAUUUUAUACAAUAAAAUAUAUACAGAGUGAUUCCUUUAGUUAAAUUUUUCAUGUAUUCAAAUUCAAAUUUUUGAAAUUUUUAAGUGUAGUUAAAGCCGAUAUUUUCGAAUACUUAGAUUUUUCACAACAUUUAAGGAUCAUCUGUAGUGAUAGCAACUGAGGUUUUUCAAAUGAAACUUGUAUUCCAUAAAUAGAAAGAGUAUUACUUUAAAUAAAUUUUGGUGUCAACAUUUUUGAAUUCUGCCAACUCGUUAACGAGGUAUUUCAUUUUUAAGUUUUGGUAGGGCGAGAGUAGUGGAGUAUCAUUAGUGUGGCGGUACGGCGCACGGCGUUUUAUUAGUGAUUCACUAUUCUUCCCCUAAACUUAAAAGUGGAAUAUUUCGUUAAUGAGUUGAUGAAAAUCAAAAAUUUUGACACCAACAUUUAUUUAAUGAAAUACUCUGUCUGUUUAUGGAAUUUUUAAUAUAGGUUCUCAUUUGAAAAAUCAAAGUUGGUAUCACCAAAGGAUACCCCUUAAAUGUUGUGAAAAAUCUAAUUAUUCGAAAAUAUCGGCUUUAACUACAUUUAAAUAUUUCAAAAAUUAGAAUUUGAACACACUCAAAAUUUAACCAAAAGGGUGAGCACGCUUAAGGAAUCACCCUGUAUACUAUUUUAUAAUAAUAUACAAAUAUACCAAAUGUAUCAUAAAUAUAGAUUAUGUUUGGACGCUUGGAUAUUCCUUAUCUAUACAGAGACAUAUAAUGAACACAAAAAAACAAACGUUAAAAGAAAAGAAUUUUGGCGGUCCGUUUAUUCCUCUCCGCGAGUCGGUUUCGCCCGCGAGCCACCAAUUAUCUACCCCUGAUAUAAACGUUUAAUUUUUAGUAUUGAUGUGUGAUUACUACACGAUCGAUGUAAUUUAAAUUUGGUUGGUUGGCGAUACUUUUAAAGGUAUGUUUAGGUUAGGUUACCAAUACCACUAUAGGGUCAACAUAAUAAUAUUAUGAUUUUCUCAAUAAAUGUGUGAGCUGUUUUAAUUGUAUCUCAUAAUAACCUAAUCACAAUAAUUGAGAAUUAGCGACGUAUUAAUUACUAGACGUAAUUAAUUGAUAAAAAGCUAUGAAUCAGUUGCGUGAUUGCGGAUGAAUCAUAUUUAGACUCAGUGGUUGAAUAAUAAUGCAAUACCUAUACAUAUUUUGUUUUUCAACAUGAAACAUUUUCAAUUUCAAUUCUAGUGUUUAAUAUUUACUACUUAAAAUACUGUGGUGAUAUUGUUAAAAAGUACAUUGAAAGAAAACGAAUUGAGAACCUUCUCCUUUUUUGAAGUCAUGACUUAUAUAUCUAAGACACGUGUAUUUCUAUUGUCACUCGAUUUUUUUUAAUUUUGCAAUAUACGUCCGUAUUAUAUCGGGCGUACAAAAAUAGUUAUAUUGUAUUAUGUAGGUUAGAUUUAUUGUAAAAUCGUGUAUCACAUCUUUUAAUAAAGUUUAGAGUUUUUGCACGACUAAUUAUUUUAUUGUAUAUAAGUCGCAAUAAUUGACAUCGAUAACUCAUAAAGUAUAAUAGUUAUUAAUUGUUUACAUAUUAUUUUAUUACAGACGUUAAUUAGUAUUUUUAUUCUUACACAAUACACAUAUUUUCUAAAUUUUUUAAAUACACGGGUUUUACACACUAUUCACGAAUAUUAGGUACUUGCCUACUAGGUAUUUUUAUUUUUUUUUUGGAAUAAAACUUAUUAUUUGUGGAGUGUUCCUGCGUCGUAUGUACGUAAGUACUAAAUAAACAUUAGAUUGUCCCGAUAACAGAAUAAAACCUAUGUCAUGUGAUAGGAUAUUAGACGAAUAUAAUUACAUUUGCUGUUAUUCGGUGCUUCAUAAAUGAUGAAAUGAUGCAUAUUACCUAUAAAGUGUACAUUUUGAAAUAUUAUUAAUAUAAAAAUUAUUUGAUUUGGAUAUGAAUUCUUACACAUUUUUAUUCCCAAUAUUUUAGAUUCUGAGUGGAGAGAAGAAGCUAUGGUUUUAAAAAGAUAUUAUUUUAGAUUCCGAGCGUAGCGAUUUUUUCUUUUUUCCAUUCUUUGGACACGUUUUUUCCUAGUAAACUUGCUCCAAUGUAUUAGUGUAGAAUUUUUUCUGAAAGCUCAAGUUUAAAUUGUACCUUAGACAGAUCAUUUUUUAAUUUUUUAAAUAAAAGCACUUGAGUGGGAAAAACCGUAAGAAAACGUACAAUUUUACGAUCUUUUUUUACCAGAAAAAAUGAUUUAAUAGAAAAAUCAAAAAAAAUUAUUUUGGUGCCUAUUUGAUUUAAUUUUUAACGGUAUCAUUGCCAAAACUUCUGAGCCACUUUUGAGGUUUUAAGGAAUUUUAAUUUUCGGGAGUUUUUUUCCUGUAAUUCGAUAGACAACUCAUGAGGCAUGCAACUUAUCUAGACGUGGUAAAAUUUCCAAAAGUCAUUCGAUAACUUUUUUUUUUUAAAAGCGUUUUGAAAUCAAAUUAAAAAUGAAAAUCGCAAAAAAAAAUUACGGCACUUUAAAUUAUUGAAUUGCGCUCGGAAUCGUCUUUUGUCAGCAAUGGUUUAUCUUUGCUUGCAGAUAUAAAUAAAAUAACUUUAUGUAUCCUACCUUCCCAACUUCUCAUCUACAGUAGUGGCCACUCCCAUCCCCAUCCCCAGUAUCAGCUCUCUUUUUUUUAUUGUUCUGUGGACAACUUUUCUACCAGAGAUUUUGCCCCAAUUUUCAUUUGUAACACCUUUUCUAAAAGAAAAUCGGUAUGGGGAGGUACUUAAGAAGGUCAUUUUUUUAUUUUUUCAAUAGUUAUCUCAAUAAAUGUGAAAAACUGAAAAUAAAGUGAGGAAAAAUGGGAUCCAUUUUAAUUUUGGAAUUGGAAUAAUUGGAAUUUGAUCUUAAUAUAACAUGAAUAUUGUUGACAAAGCAGCACUAUUAAAUAAACUCCACUCAAAAUCGUUUUUUCGUUAGCAAUGGUUUAUCGUUGCUUACAGGUGUACAUUAGAUUACUUUUGACAGUGGUUGCACCCAUCCCCAUUUUCUUAGCACGUUUUUCCUUAUUUAGGUAAUAGAUAAAAAAAAGUAAUAUAAUAUUUUAAAUGUUUUACCAAAUAAAAGUUUAUGUCGUGUUCCUAUAAACAUAUAUAUUGCAAUAUAAUAGUAGUUUUCGAAGAGUGCAAUCAGGUAUAUUGUGUAAUUUUAUCCUAUUUUAAAUCAUUUAUAUAAAUCUAAAAUUUAACAUUGUGCAAUGGCCAUUAUUAAAAUUUUAGAUAAAAAAAGAUGCAUUUAAAUAUUAAAUAUUAAUCAAGCAUAAAAAUACUCGUAGUUCCAUUUGAAAAUGUAUGUAUACAUUUAAUGCAUAUUAUAUAUAAAUCUAAUUAUCUAUUUAAAUAAUUUCUAGGUAUAUAGACACGGUGAACGGUCAUUUGAAAAAACUUAUCCUACCGAUCCGUACGCAAAUGUAUCAAAAUACUGGCCGAUGGGACUUGGCGGAUUAUCCUUGGUGAGUAUACUGAAUUCAUUAUUUUAUUAAAAAUAUUAGUUAGAAUACAUCAUUAUAAAAUAUUUUCCAAAGAACAUUGUUCAUAAAAAACCAAUAUAUGUAUGUAUAUUUGGACCGUGACGAAAUAAAACUAAAUCUAUUAUCUAUACAGUAGUCCAUAGGCGUAGCCUUACCUAUAAUGGGGGGGAAUUAAAACCCAUGACAAUUUCACGAAAAACAAUACUCAAAUUGUAUAUUAUGAAUUAUAUUAAUAGUUUAAUAUAGUUUAUUAAGCUAUACUUCUUACCUAUUAUUAAAUUAACCAUUAUACAAUUAUAAGUUCUAGUUGAAAAAAUGCAUACAUUUAUAAAUAUGUCACACCAAUUAAAUUUUGCAUGUAUUCAAAUACAGAUUUUUGGAAUUUUUAAGUGUAGUUAAAGCACGAUUAAUGAAUCACCCUAUAUAUCAUGUACCCCAUAGUAAUACGUAUGUAUCAAGAGUCAACAUACAUACAUGCAUACAUUAUGCAAACAAUCAUUACAAAUUAAUAUCACAAAGAUUAGUCAAUCCUACGGUUCUGAGUAGUAAAAUUAAUAAAUAUGUAGAAUAGAGGUUUGAAAAACGAUAAUUUGUGGUUGCACUUCUUAAUAAAUAUGCGAUGGGAAAUAAAAAAUUCCCUCCCCUCUCCAAAAAUAGAGGAAAUAAAACAUAUUUGGGGAGGAGACUAUAGUACCUGUAGCCCCCCUUCAUCUUAUGUUUGUACCCAGUACAUACACCAGCCAAUAUUUCCAAAUAUAUCCUAUUAUUUUCACCUAUUUUGACUAAAUUAAUAACAAAACAAGUGAGAAUUAAUAUUUAGUUUUUGUUUUACUGAACACCCAUUCUCACCUAAAUCUUAAAAAAUCGAAAAACCAAUCGUUUAUCAGAGAUCUCAUUAAUUUCACCGUUGUAUAUGAUUAAUGGAGUGUAGCUAAUAAUUUGCAAUUUCGUUUAUUUUUGUGUGGACUUAAAAACCUCAAAAAAAAAAAAACAAAAAAAAACCGGGGUUUCCUAACAAACUAGUUAAGGUUACUAAUGCACAAGAGAGCUCAUAUUUUUGUUUAAAUGUUUCAUUAUUAUUCAUUGUUUUAAUGUUUAUAACUUAAUUAUUGUAUAUUUGUACCUAUUUUAUUUUUAUCGUGAUAUUUUAAGUAAUUAAUAAUAAUAGUAUAGUAGGUAAUCAUAAUAGAUCCAAACAAUUUUAAAAGUAUUAUAAAAAAAAUGCUCGUCAAAAGUCUUGGUGACAUGAUGGCAGGAGACAGACUCCAAAAGAUUUUAAAUGUGAUACCUAUAAUUUAUACUAUGUAUUAUUCAGGUUGGAAUAGAAAGAGAAUACAUAUUAGGAAAAUGGUUGAGAGACCGGUACGACAGAUGGUUGCCCAAAAUAUACCAUGUUGAUGACGUGUUUGUGCAGAGCUCUGACUUUGAUCGAACUAUAAUGAGUGCUCAAGCCAAUUUAGCCGGUAUGUAUCCCUCUACAUUUUUGACCAAUGACGAUUUGAACAAGGUACCGAUGCUAAGCUUUCAACCAAUACCGAUACAUACGGUACCGAUAUUCGUAGACAACGUAAGUAUAUUUAUGUAUAUUAAUUAUAAUAGGUAUGCAAUUUUUACCAAUAAAAUAAAUAAUUCGGUGUAAUAUGUUUAACUAUUGCAUAUACAUAUAUAAUUCCAAUGGGCAUUUAAAAAGUAUUUAUGAGUGAACAAAAUGUUAAAAUAACAGCCGGGUAAAAAAAAAGCAGGAUAAUUGUGAAUAUAUAGGUGACUUUUGUAUAGAUGUCAAGUCAGAAUGGAAUAGAAUAUAUUAUAUAGGGUAAUUUAAUUUAUAUCCGUAUAUGCGUACGAUACGAGAUUAUCGUGAAGAUAAGAAUAAAAUUAAGAAAAAUGUUAUUAGUAAAUGUUAUUAUUCUGAUAUUCAUAUUAUUAGAUGCUGAGUGGAGUGAGGAAUGUUUUACUAUGAUGGGUGAAAUUUUUUAGAAUUUUAGUGCAACGAAGAAAGUAUUUCUUUAGUAUUUUUUCUGAUUGAUUUCUAUAAUGUGUGUUUUUAAAUUAAAUUUCUUUUUUGUGUCACAAUAACUUUUCAAUAUAAAAAUCUCCAUGGCAUUUUGGAUCUAGUUAGCGCAAUUUUUAUGUUGCAUUUUAGAAGAUAUCGUCGUUUGCAACUUGUCCAAAGUAUUUAAAAGAGUAUAAUAAACUAUUCGAUGAUUCAAAAAUACAGAAGUUUUAUGACCAAUAUCAAUCAAUGUUCGAGUACAUCAAAAAUAAUUCACAGCUUGAAAUGGGGAAAAAUGCAGUGACGUCUACUACAUUACUAUUCGAUGUACUUUUUGUUGAGGUAAAUAUAUCUAAUAUAAAUAUGGUAUAUAUUCUGUGUAGUAACACCGACCUCGGUUAAUAAUGACCAUCAGUAGGUCGCAGCACGUUUGGUUACAUUCAUUGACAUUGAAUGCAACACGUUUGGAAUUAAUGCAUACACCGUAACAUAAAUAAUAUAACGUUUUCUAAUGUUUGACUACAUCUACAAAAAAAAGGUCUUUUUUAUAAAAAAAAGAAAAAAAAAGCACUCCUUGGAAGACUAAAAAUCCUAAAAAUAUUUUAGUAAUAUUUGAUUACUUGUCGUUGUUCUAAAAUUAUUAUUUAUACUGAUACAUAAUGUAUAGAUUUGGCUAAUUAUUUAAUUUAAUUUUGGACCAAUUAGGGAUGAAUAUUUUGUAACAUCUCUAUAUUGAGUUAAUUUAAUACAUUUCCAAGUCGGCUACAUAGUAUUUUUAUGUACCAGUGAGAUAUUCGAAUGUGUUAUGUGUUUAUGUGCUCAAAUAUGUUCUAUAUUUGCAGGUAAAUAUAUUUCUAUGUACCAAAAACGUAUUAUAUCCGUCGGUAUUAUAUCCUUUCGUGUUUUGGUUUUAGAAUUUAUCUUAUUAAUUUUUAAAGUUCUUAAGUUUUUAUGAUUUGUUUUUAAAAUAUUUUUAAUUGCAAACAGCAUGAGUAAAAUAUUUGUAUUGACGUGUUGAUGUAUGUACCUAUGAUCACAGGUAAAAAUAUGUCCAGAGGAAAAUAUAGUCAUUGAAAAAACUGGGGAUAUUUUCCAUGGUCAUUAUUACCUAGACUCUAUUAAUAUAAUAUGAAUAUACAUCAAUUUUAAUAACACAAAUAAUAAUAAUGUUUUCAAAGCACAAUAAAAGACAACUAAUAAAAAAAGUCAUUUGUUCGCCCGAUGGAUUUAUAGGUGGGAAGUUGGAAAGUUAGGAUAUAGAAGUAAUAUGGUAGAAUACAAAAAUUUCAAGUUUUUUCACUUGACUAUUUUUGAAUUUGACCAUAUUUCCCUCUGGGUACUUCGUUUAAUUUUUCCCAUGGUCAUUUUGUAUUUGGGAAUAUCAAUAUAUUGUCGUACCUAUACUUAUAAUAUCUAAUACUAAACCGAUAUAGUCUAUUAUUUAUGAACGUAUAAGAUUCAGGGGCGCAGAACGAAGUAGAAUAAUUGUACAAAUUGUACAAUCGUAUAUAAUUGUCUCUAAAUUGUUAUUCUUACGGGUAAUAUUUUUAAUAAUUCAAAAUUUCUGUUGGUAAGUUCUCGCUCUUAAUCUAUAGUUUUACCAUAGUGUUAAAAUUAUUUUUAUUUAUAGAAUUAUAAUAUUUUGUUUUAUAUGAUAGACAACAUUCAACUAUACCCUACCAAAGUGGACUAAAAGUAUAUAUCCUGAGCCAUUGUUAACCGUAGUCAAACAAAAUAUAGAAUUGCCUACGCAUACUCUCGCGUUGAAAAGAUUACGAGGAGGUAUGUAUACUUAAAAUUUUUUUUUACAUAUAUUUUUAGAUUCAGAGCAUAGCGUUUGGUUUUAUGAUGAUUUUUUUAUUGUAUAAUGUAUUUUUAUUAUUUGUAUCUUCUCGUAUACACUCGUUUUUACCUCUGCGGUUUUGGAGUUAGAAUAAGUCCACAGUAACUCCUACUUAUUGUAAGAGGCGAUUAAAAGGAGGUAACGGAGGUAAGCAGCUUCGUUACUACCAACCAUUGCCGAUAUUUGUAGCAGAUAUAACGGCCAAUAAUCAAGUACAACAUAUAAUCUCUAAGAAACCAGGGAUGAACCAAAAUAUUUUGGACUUUAUCAAAAUAAGAAACUCACUAAGAGAAACUAAUUACGAUGAUUAUAAAAAGGUAAAGAACAAAAUAAUAACUGAAUGUAGAAUCGCGAAAGGUAAAUGGCUGGAGGAAAACUGCAAAGAAAUUGAAAUUGAUUUAAUAAGAAACAAUACUGACAAAGCCUACGAUAAAGUGAAAAAAAAUAAAUUACACUCCGAAAACAAAAAGUUAUGUGGUUAAAGAUAAAUCAGGAAAUAUCUUAUUUGAAAACGAAAAAGUAACAGAUAGACGAAAAGAAGAAUUACAUAGAGUUACAUAGAAGAGUUACACAGAAGAGAUGAAACUGAAGAUAAACAAAUUUAUAUUGAAAGUGAAGAAGAUGUAUAUAUGAAUGAAUUAGGAUCAGCAAUAACCAGAGAAGAGUUAUAUAAAGCGAUGAAAGAUCUAAGAGAUAAAAAAGCAACGGAUAUGGAUGAAAUACCAGCAGAAAUAUUAAAAAACUUAGACAUUGCAACGACAGAUAAGCUAUUUAAUAUCAUCACCGAUUGUUAUGGAAAAGGAAAGAUCCCUAACGACUUCUUCACACGUAAAUGCAUUACCAUAUCUAAAAAGAGAAAUGCAAAUAACUGUUCUAACUAAAGGACAAUUUCUAUUUUAUCUCAUGUAUCAAAAGUACUCCUAAAUGUCAUAAAACAUAGGUUGAAGAAUAAAAUACAAAACCAAAUAGGAGAGGAUCAAUUUGGAUUUAGGAAUGAAAGAAGGACAAAAGAAGCGAUACUAGUACAACAUCAAAUUCUUGAUAGAAAAAUAGAUGUAACAGAAAUAUAUACACUACUUUCAUAGAUCUAAAGAAAGCGUUCGAUAAAGUAAAUUAGAGGUAUUUAUUUAGAACUUUGAAAGAUAAUGGAAUUGAUUGGAGAGAUAGAAGACUUAUUUUAAAACUAAAUAAAGCUCAGACAACUACAAUUGAUAUUAAUGGAACAACAAAACAAGCUAAAAUUGGAAAAGGAGUCAGGUAAGGAUGGCCACUAUCACCAUAUUUAUUAAUAUCUUCAUUGAAACAUCGAUAUAUGAAAUAAAAAGUAAGACGGGAGGAAUAAAGAUCAAUGGCUAAAAAGUUCACAGCAUACAAUUUGCAGAUGACAUUGUAUUGCUAGCUGAGUCUCAAAAUGAUAUGAAUUAAAUGUUCAACACCUUGGCAGAUAUAUUUGAUAAGUAUAAACUGAAGAUCAAUUGACAGAAGACGAAAAUAAUGUUGAUAAGUAAGAUAAAUAACAAAGAUGAGGUACAUAUCAAUCUAAGAAACAAUCUGAUACAGAGAGUUAAAGAGUUUUGCUAUCUGGGAAGCUUAAUUACAAAUAGAAACCAAUCAGCAGCGGAUAUAAAGAGAAGAAUAACUCGCUAAACAAGCUUUCCUCAAAAAGUAUAAUAUAAUUAGUAAUAGGCACCUCAAAUUUGAAACUCGUAAAAAGUUUAUUAGAACUUUUGUAUGGAGUGUUAUGGUUGUAAAACAUGAACAAUGACGCAGAAAGAUAAAAACAAUCUGCAUUAAUGGAGAUGUUGUUGUGGAGGAAGAUGAUUAAGACCAAUUGGGUGGAACGAAAAUCAAAUGAAAAAGUCCUAGAAGAAAUAGGAGAGGAAAGAAGUAUAGUGAUUAACAUAAUGGAAAGGAAAAUAAAAUUUAUUAGUCAUCUUAUUCGUCACAAUGAUUUUCUUAAUAAUAUAUUUGAAGGAGGAAUAAUGGGACGAAGACCAAGAGGAGACCUAGAACAAAUUAUUUCCAUGAUAUAAAAGAGAAGAUGGGCUGCACAUCCUACCAACAACUAAAGUAAGCAGCAAAAGAUGAGUCACAUAUGGCUAACUCGACAGACGUUACCUUUAGAACAUGAUGAUGAUUCGUUUGAACAACUUUUUUACUAGAAAUUUUGCUUCAAUAUAUCUGAUGUAGCACUUUUUCUGAACAAAAUUUUUAUCUUGUUGGGGCAUUUUGGAUUAGCCUGGAAGAGAAGGAAUUACCAUGCGGACAGUCAUUCCUUAUCGCGUAACGUGUCAUUCUAAUUAAUGUUUUUCACGCCAAUUUUCUAGAAAUUAAAUGGCUAUUAUUAAGAAAAUUUUGAUCCGAUAUGAAUAUGUUAUAUUAAAAUUUUUAGAAUAUUUGAUAUAUUUUACAAGACGGCUAUUUUGAAAAUUUUAAAAAGUGGAAAAGUUAAUUUUUUUCUGUGAUUAAUGGAUGAAAAUAAAAAUUUAACUUUUCUCUGCAAACAUGUCUCCUUACACAAAACCCGAUUGAAAAAAAAUGUAAAUAAAAAUGAAUAUUUAUUGACUGAUUUAUUAGUACAAGGAUAAUAUUGUUUGACACCCUGUAUUUAUUUAAAGUUCCAAUUUGAAAUCAUAUAAAUCACGCUUUUUCAAUUAAGGUGGAUAAAUAUUUUACUUAGCUAAGCCAAAAUGUUUGAAAACUGAACAGUGGGUUCGUAAUAAGUUGUAUUUUAUAUAAAUAAAAAAAAAAGUAAAACGGUUUUUAUAAGUAUUUCAACAGUAUUAGUGAACAUCUUGUUGAAAAUCGCAAGUCACAGCACUGUAUAACCGAUUUGCUCAGAAUCACAUUUUUUUAGCAAUAAUUAUCGUUGUGUACAAAUACAAAUUAUAUAACUUUAUGUAUCUUACCCUUCAAAACUUCCCACCUAUAAUAAUAUCGCAUCCAUCUGUAGUAUUAUUUAUUUUAUUUUAUAUCUAUUGAGAGAAUGUUGAGCCUAUAUCCGUUUCCAUUGUCUAACACACAUUAUAGGUACCAGUAGUAAUAUUUAUGCCUGUACUUUCAAUCGUGUGUGUUACACUGAACAUUUUAAGUUUUCAACGUUUAUGAGCGAGUUCUUAUGUUCAUCUGCAUGCGAUCAAAAUAAACAGGUAUACAGGUUAUAGGUUACAGGUAUAAAUUAAAUAUCUUUAUGUAUCCCACCUUCCCAAUUACCCACCUAUAACAGUGGCCAUACCUGUCUCCAGUAUUAGCUCUUUUUUUAUUUGCUAUGAGGGUUAAAUUUAUUAUCUUUGAAUUUAAUCACUAUUAGGUAGCGUAAAAAAUUUAAUAUAAAAAAAAAACCUACACAUUUAAAUUUUAAACAAUGUUUUCUUUUAUAAAAGUUGUUAUUCUUAUAAGGUCAAUAUGUAUGUAUAAUGUAAUUUUAACCCGAUAUUCAAACAAUCAUGAGUAUAAAUAUAUAUAUACACACGAGCUCAUAUAUAUUACUGUGAUACGACGCACGUGUACAAGAAUAAUAAACGUAAACGAAGAAUGAAGAAGAUAAAAUAAAAAUAAGACGCGUAUACUUGCGUUAUUUGUAUUACAUUAAGUUAGAUAUUGUAGUAAAAAGCGAAUCGGAUAAGAUAUUGCAGAAUAUUGUUAUUGCAGGAUAUUGGACGAUCGUUUCGGUUUCUAUCGUAUCCGGGUACAUGAAGGAAACGUAUUAUUAUACCUACAUAAUAAUGAAUAAUGAUUAUAUUUACUAUAUACUAUAAAUUCGAACGCGUCAAUUAUUGCAUUCCAUAAAAAAAAAAAAAAAAAAAACAAAAAUAAAAACAAUUAAAGUUGUUUACUGUGAUAUAUAAAUUUAAAUUAUUCCUAACAAUAUUUUAAAUUUGGAACGUAGCGAGAUGGUUUUAUAUUUUAUGGUUUUAUUUUUAUGGUUUUACUAUGAUGUGUUUUUUUUUUAGUUUAGAUUCGGAGCGUAACGAAGGAUUUUCUUUUUUCUUUUUGUUAAUAAUUUUAUAGUAUGAAGUUAGUAGACGGACAUCGAGCACUAAUUUUAUUUCUAGUACCAAUAAAGUUAAAUUAGUGCUGGCAAACAGUAUUAAUUUAAAAAUGAGUGCUCUGUCCAGAAAAAAUUUACGCGGGAGCUUACUUUCCAAAUGGUAAGUGAAGUUAGCGGAUGCAGUACCAGCACCAAAAUCCGCUGUAAUACUAAAAUUUAGUGCUGAAUUAGUUCUGGCCAACGAUACCAUUUUCAAAAUUGGGGCUUAAUUUUCCAACGAGAUACUGGGUUUUCCAAAAUUGUUCACACCGAACGCAGUACUAUAAUAGUUUCUAAAGUUUAUUAGUUUAUUAAAGUUUAAACAAUUAUUUUAAAUAAUUGAGCAAACCCGAUAGAACGGGGAAAUUUACGAAAAUUAUGCUUUCAUUAUUUUUAAUUUUGUUUUUUUUUAUUGCUAUUCUGUUUAAAAUAUUCUUAGAGACUUGAUAUAUUGAAAAAACUUAUGUUUACAUUUUCUAGCUGGGACAAAAUUUAAAAAAUAUUUAAACCAUUUUUGAGCUAUUUAUAGACAUUUUAAUUUUGCGAGUUUUUAUGUAGUUUUUACUUGAUAGGUACAGCUGUGGAUAAAAUUGUUCUACGAAACAGAAAUGCUUGAAAAUUUAAUAAGAAGUCUAUUUUAAGUUGUUCUUAGUGGUAAUAAAAAUUGAGUGUAAUGUAGUAUUAUUUAUUUUAUAAAAGUUUUAAUAUCAAACUUUGACGAAAAUCGUAAAUAUUACGACCUUUCAAAACAUUUAUAAUCGAACUUCGCUUUUCGAUAUUAGCAAUGGGUAAUCUUUUCUUACAGAUAUAAAUUUAAUAACUUUAUGUAUCCUACCUUUUCAACUUUCUACCAACAACAGUACAGUGGCGCACCCGUCCCAAGUAUCAGCUCUAUUUUUUGUUUACAAUUCUUUUAAUUUUUUUGAACAACUUAAAAUCCCUAUAUUUUAUAGAUAACUAGGUAUUUACAAGCUAUAUUAGUUAUUUUCUUCUGUUUCUCUACCUUUUUAUACCUCUGAGGACCAUUCCACCUAAUUUCCUUUUCCAGUUCGAAUCACCGCAAGUACUUCGCACAUCUAUUUGUACUAGGUAUAAAGAAAAUAUACAAUAUACAUCUAAUUGAUCUAAUCAUUCUCAGUUCUCUUUCUGGACGCUUGUCGUUUAGUUAAAUUUUCAGUAUUAAAGUAUAAAUAUUGAUAAUAUUUCAGGUGCUUUACUCAAUGAUAUUGUACAUCGUAUGGUUGAAAAGAAGAAUCGGACUCUAAACCCUAAUAGAAUGAUUUGGAUUUAUUCGGCUCAUGAUAGUACUAUAAUCAAUUUACUCGACAGCAUGGAACUUUUUAAUUAUGCAAUUGUACCGUAUGGUGCUGUAUUGAUGUUUGAACUCCGGUUAAAUAAAACCGGGAGUUAUGUGGUCACAGUGAGUUUUCCGCAGUUUAAAUAAAAUAUUAGAAAAAAAAAACUUUUAACCUAAUAAUUAUUUCUCUUAAAAGUUUAAACGAAGAAAUGUAAUUUUUUUUCAUUCUUAUGUUUUAUCUACACAUGCCUGUAUAUAUAUAAAUAUGUUACAGUUAAAAUCCAAAUCCGUCAAAACUAGUUUACACAAAUCCCUUUAGUCAAUUCUAGUUUCGACUAGUUAAAACUAGAACCAACUAAGACCUUCACCGGUAAAACUAGAUUUAACUUAUUCUUUUUUAGUUAGAACUAGUUUUGUCUGAAAUAAAUUGUUGAAAACUAAAAUUGUCUAGUGAAAAUCCGUAAUUUUUAUUUUGAUAGUUUUAACUAGUUGCGCGAGACAAACUUACACGUAAACAACCACUAUAACGAAGGCAAACGAAUUGGCAAAACCGAAAACACUGGAUAAAAAGCUACAGCGGCCGAAUUAUUAUCUUUAAGGUAUAAUCAGUUGAAGUUAUCAUAUCUAGAAGUGAUUGGAUGGACGAUUGGUUAAUCUUAAUAUUUUUGAUAGCCGGCCCGUCGAAUUUAUGGAUCAGUAUUUAUAGAUCGUAUGCGUUUAAGUUAGUGCCGGUUGGAAUACAUGCGUUUCAGUAAAAUCUAGUUUUGACUGACUUAUUUAAGUCUGUAAUUAAUUUUAGUUUGGACUAGUCGACACUAGAAUUGACUAAAGGGAUUUGUGGAAACUAGUUUGGACGGAUUCCGGGUUUACACCUGCAACAUAUAACCUGUACAUACCUGUAUGCAAAAUGUUUUGUUUUUAUUUUUUAAAUUAAUUUAAUUCUACGAAACGCGUACAAAUUGAAUGAAAUAAGAAUAUGCCUCAUUGUAUUUAUAUUAAAUUUAAUUCAUUUUUUUAAAUAAUUUUAUAAAAAACGUAUUUAAUGAAAAAUUAUUUUAAAUUCUGAGUGGAGCGAAGAAGCUUACGGUUUUACAAUGUUAAUUAUUUAUUAUUGUUUUUUGUCCUGUAAACAAAUUUUAUAUCAGCAAUUUUUCUCCGAUUUACAAUGAUAGCACAUUUUCUUAAAGGAAAUUUGACUAGGGAGGAACUUUAAGUUAGGUUAGGUUUGGUUAUUUUUUGAUUUUCUAAGGAGUUUUCUGAAUACAUUGGAAGAACCGGAAAAUAAAUGUAGGAAAAAUGGGAGAACGGGAAAACAGAUACAUUAUUUAAGAAAAUGUUUAACGCAUAUGUAAUUAUUUUGACAUAUAUAUUAUUGACCAAGCAAUACUAUCAAUUGAACUCCACUCUGAAUCGUUUAUUCGUUAGAAAUGGUUUAUCGUUAUUUAGGUACAGAUAUAUAUUAAAUUCCCGUUUGUAUCCCACCUUCUCAACUUCCCACCUACAACAGUAGCUGCACUCACGUACGAAGUAUGUCCGUCUUGGUAAAACUUAAAUGGGUAUCGCGAAAAUUAUUAUUUUCUUUAGUCACAAGAAAACAGAGCUAAGUCAAUUUUGGUCAUUUUUUUAAAUUCUGUGAAGAGCCAGGAAUGGUUUUUUUUUUUAACUGUAAUUAUUACAGCUUUUUUUUUGUAAACAAAUUUUUCUACCAGAUAUUUUGCUCCAAUUUUUAAGUGUAGCACUUUUUCUGAAAGGAAAUCUAAUUUGGGUGGUACCUUAAGGACGUUGUUUUAGGAUUUUCUAAGGGGUUUUCAUAAAAAAUGGGAAAUACCGGGAAAAAAGUAGGAAAAAUGAGAAAAUUUACGAAAUAUAUUCUUUUUAAGUAAUACAAAUUUCGGCCUUUCAAAACAUGUAAAAUCGAACUCUGCUUAGAAUCGUUUUACGUUAGCAAUAAUUAAUUGUUGCGUGUAGACAUAUAUCAAAUUUUCCAACUUCUCUCCUAAAACAGUAGGACCUACCUCUACUCAUCGUGUGAAGUAUGUUCGUUAUUUUUAAAAACAAUUUUUUCUUUUAUUUUUUGGUCUAAAUGAAAUGAUGGCUAUACGGAUGGCUAAACAUGUAUGUAUAUUUUAACAAAUAUUAUAGGUAAAACUAAAAUAUCUUAGGUUACUACAUUGUACUUAAUAUACUUUUUGUUUUGGCGAAAAAGGUACAAGACAUAAUAUUUAUUACCUAAAUAGAAAUUUAGUCAUUUAGUAAUAAUUUCUUAAAUUAUCUAAAAGUUAUUUGCAUUUAAAACUACACGAAUUUCACUAAAGUCCUUCUUACCUGGGACCUUUUCCCCUUGUAUUCCAUAAAUACAAUAAGUAUCUUCUUACGGAGGUGCAUAUUGGCAAGCGUCGGACGAGCGACGCUCGCUAACGUAAUCCUGGUUUAAGAUGUAUUCUAUAAUACGUUUGAUCUUGAAUACAAUACAUAUUUUGUAGUUAUCGUAUCGGAAUUCAACCAAACACGAACCGCAUUUAUUACAUUUACCCGGUUGCGAUUCUGUUGCUUGCGAACUGGAUCAAUUUAUUGACAUCAUAAGACCAGUGUUGGUAACCGAUUGGGUUGCCGAGUGCAAUAAUGAUAACGAAAAUAAUUGGUUUGACCGAACAGGUGAGUUAAUUUUUUUUAUCUAAUCAAUAUAGGUAAAGGUACCAAUUAGUACGUUUUAGAUUCAAAACAAAACGAGGUUUGUUUCGUUUUAAUGAGUUACUUGAUAAAUGAAAUCGAUAUUUUUGAAAAUUCUUCGUAGACCGCGAUCAUUUUGAAGUAAACGUUUUGAUAACAGCAAUUUAUAUAAUAAAAAACAUCAAUAUAUAAUUAUACGCUUUAUGCAAAUUAAUAAAAUUAAUAAAUUCAAACGUGUCAUCCGAUUUCAUACAUAUAUACAUAUAAAAACAAAACAAUUUGUUAAAGAUCGAAAAUGGGACACACGUAACCUAUAAUUCACACAAUUUAAAACAACUUACAACUUUACCAUUUUCCAACGAAACAACUUGAUACAAUUUUCUUUCAGAAAAGAUUCUACACUUGAAUUCCUCAACAUUUCUGAAAUAAAACAAAGCCGACAGUUUUUAUUGACAUAAACUUGGCGGUUUUUCCUAUUAAAUUUUUCUCAAUUAUUAUGAAAACUGCUUGGAAACUCAAAAAAUGAUCAACUACUCAACAAACUAGAUCCGAAACGCUACAAAGAAGCUCUCUUGUUUUGUUUUUGAUUCGAAUAAGAUUUCUGGUAGAGAAGUUGUUUUUAGACACACGCACACAAAUAAAACACACACAAAUAGUGAAACUAGAAUCUGAAAUAAAUAAAUUAUCGUAACAGUGAUUAAUCGGCUGGGGUAACAUUCAACUUUAAUGACGGAGCUCUGCUGCUCAUGAGUUUUUUUUUAAAUUUAAUAAAUUUAUUUGUUUUUCUUCAGGUUUUUUAGUAGUUCUCAUUAUUGCCGCGGUCAUCGUGAUAAUAAUACUGUUUUUGAUUGCUACCAAUAAAAUGGAAGUCUGUGUUCGAAGAACGGAUUUUAAUCGGACUGUUUUUCAAUAAUAUGUGAGUUGUAGCUACCUACCUAGCCGUAAUGGAUACAUGUCGUUUUUAUAACUUAAUAAACCUAGUAAAUGCGAUUAAAAUCAAAAUUAAUUCUAAUAUAAAUAAUAUUUACCAUAUAAAUAUAUGUAACAAACGAAAAAAAUAAUUGGAAAAAAAAAAGUAAUCAUAUUUUGAAUUGUAGAAUGUAGAUUGUGGUUUUCAUGUAAAACACAAUAUUAUAAUUUUUAUAAACGUGUUAUAUAUUAAUAUUAAGUGCUAGUGCCGAAUCGUAUCAGUUUUAAAUCGUUUCGAUAUACCUAUUAGUAUAUUACCUAUUCAUUUUAGAAGUAUAUUAAUUGAUAUUAUAAAUAUUGUUUAACAUUCAUAAUACUAUUAUUAUAUAAAAUAUUUCGAAAUUGUUGAAUAAUUUAUAAUGUAAACUGUGGCAUGGUGGAUUCAAAAUCGCUGAGAGGUAAAUAUUUUAGAUCCACCUUAUUUAACAGUUAAUAAAAAAAAAAAUCCCAUUUUUUGUAAGGACUAUAGGCAUAAAUAAGGCGGAGCUACAAAUCCACUCAAAAAUACCCUCUUAAAGUGUUUUAAUCUUCACGUCUCAUUAUCUCAGCACUGUAAUUCAUAAUCUAAUCGUGAAUAGUGAACAGUGAUUUUAAACACAUACGAUUAUUUAUUAUGGUUGUUUUAUAAUCAUCAAUAAUUAAUAAUAAUAAUAAUAAUAAUAUAAAUUUAUAAUAAUUAUUAGAACUAUCCAAUUAUUUUGUGAAACAUAAAUUAGCCACCCGCUUAAAUAAGCAUUCGCCAUGCCACUGAAUGUAAGUAGUUAUUUAUUUAUAUUUAAUAAGUAUGUAUUUAAAAAAAAUAAUUAUACAUAUAUUUAUAUAUCCUUAUUUAUAUUUUUUAACUGAAUUGAAUUACGUAUUAAUAUUGUUAUUAACAGUGGCAUAGCCAGGAUUUUGCAAUAAGGGUUCAGAAAAAAAAAAAAACAAAAACAAAUAGAUAAAUCCAAAAUUACACGUUUAUUUCUUUUAUUACAUUUUAAAAUAUGAAAAUAAACCACAUACACCAUAAUGUUACUGGUCAUUAACUACAUGACUUUUGAUAUGUUAUUAAUAAUAUAAUAUUUUCAUUAUUUUCAAACAAGACUAACUACAUGACGAUAAUGACGUUCUGUUAAUUUAAUUAAUCACGUGGUAGGUGUAAGGGUAAAAUAACUUUUAGUUAAAUGAAAUACCUAAAGGUUUAUUACCGUUAACAUACUUUACUAAUUGUUAUUUAUUAGUGUCUCUUUCUAUAUAUAUUUUUACAAGUAUAAUUACCAUGACUUUAAUGUUCGUGUUUUAUGCAGAAAUAUUUAUAAUUUAAAAUUUUACUUUUGCUAAAAUAAUAAUUAUAACCUUAGAGGUAUUUUUUUUUUAGUUUUAUUUGUUUUUAAACUUUAGAUUUACACAAGUAGCAAGAAAAAAAAAUUAAUAAUAAUAAUAAUAAACUAAAAAUAAAAAUAUUAUUAAAAUCAAAUGUUCAUAUUUUUAAAAAGAUUUAACAUAACAAUCCGCAACUUUAAUCAUUUUAUUUUAAAAAAUUGUUCAGAGAUUAAAAAAAAAGACACUCAUUUACAUAAAUUAUCGUCCGCGUACCAACAAAUUUUACUCAAUUGUCGAGUUUUACGAUAAUUUUGAUAGUAAGUAUUAGCUUUCCUAUGUACUAUAUAAGGGCGUAUAUAAUUUGCACAUCACUAUUGUUCUUUUCGACCUUUUCAUAAGAAAUUUACGCACAGUUAAAUGGUUGAGUAGUACAUCAUUAGUGCAUCAACAUUUUUAUCAAUAAGAGAUUGAAAGGGAUAAUUAGGAGUAUCUAAAAUCGCAAAUUGUUUCCUAAUUUUCAGCUUGAUAUCCAGUAUUGACAACUUUGAAAUUAAUUGAUUAUAAAGAACAUAUUUUCAAAUAUAGUUAUUACAGGUACACAAUUUAUUUCUGUCUAAAAAAUAUAAUAUGCAUAUAAUUUAUCAACCGUUUGGUAUAUCAGCCAUGUAAAUUAGGUACAGUAUAGGUCCUAAAAUACUUCUUGAUGGUAAUCCAGCUAAUAUAUUUUUCCAUUCAGUUAUUGCUUUUUCAUGUAGGACUCGGAAUUAAAAGUUAGUAUUCAAAAAGUGCGCUCUAAGUAUGUGGUAGUUGUUCAAGCAGUUUUAUGAAAAAUUCCUUCAGUUACACUUCAUCAAAAACUUUAAUUAUGCCAAGGAAGACUCCGCAGCAAUAUUUUUUUCUUUGAGAGCUUUACUUAUCACGUUAGUGAUGUGAUGGACCUAAUCGAUUGUCGAAUGUUUAUUGCAGAAUCCAAACUGAUGUUUUGCUGCAAGAUUUGCUUCUUCUAUAAUUGGUUUUAGACGUUUAUGUAGAAGUUUCUCUAAAAGUUUAGACAAACUAGGAAAGAGUGAUAUCGGUCAAUAUGAUGUGACGUCUUCAAGUGAUUUUUCUAAUUUGUGUAACAAGAUUACUUGUGCCCGUUUUCUUUAUAUUGGAACGUAUUCUAUGUGAAAAAUAGCAUUGAAUAUGUUUGUAAGAUAAAUUAUGGCCUUUUUUGGAAGCUCUUUUAGUAUUUUUGGAUUUAUUUAUUAUUUAUUUAAAAAACUGUGCAAAACUUAGCCUGUGCAAAAGAAACAUCUCGUGUAACUGGUUUCGCAAGAAUUUGUUAUAUGUUUUUUAAUUUUUCUACUGUUUUUUUGUAAGUGGAAUCAUUUUCUAUUUGCAGUGUGCCCUUCACUAUAGUUUUCCUAUUUUGCCUUUGAUUUCUUAGACUUGGGGCAUUUAAGUGAAGUAUGUUCUUCACUAUAUUUCACAUAAAAUAAAAGUUUUGAGUAUGACUAAAAUUUUGGCAAUUUUUGUAUUGUAGCACAUCUUUUUUUUUUUCUUAAAGGUUUCAUUUUUAUUUUAUGAUAACACUAAUUAUCAGACCAUAGAUGUUUUUGUUGUUUACUUGUGGUUCCGAAUCCACAAAGAAUAGCGGUAGCCUCAUUGUAGUAAAAUCACUAUUCUUGUUGUUAGUUGACUAGUUUUUAAUUUGAAUGUUCGUGGCAUUAUGUAAAAAAUGUCCUAGUUAGGAUAAUUCGUGUUUAAUGUCACAAAGGUCGGGUUUAGAGUGUAAUCUACGAAUUACCACCUAAAAUUUUUUUUCGUUUUAAAUUGGUAUUUGUGAUACUCAACUUUUUGCUCAUUUAAUAUUUUUACAGUGGUUAUUUCAGAAAUCUUAAGUUGUAAUUUUUCGUUAUUCGAUUGCAAUUCCACUAUCAUUUGAUUCAAGGCCACAUUUUCACUUUGAAUUAGUGUUCGAACACUCACGUCAACUAAAAUAUUUUGUGGUGAAUUUGCAUCGUCGUUUAUAUUUUCAUAGAUUGUAUCCGAUCAGUUUGCGUGUGACCCACUUAAAAUAUGUUUGUUUAUAAAAACUUACCAUCCGUCCAAAAGGCUGUGUUCUGCACUAUAAACACUAACAUAAAAAAAAAAAAAUCUAUAAUAAAAAACAACACUAUUUCGGGAAUUGCGAGAGCGAAACAUACGUGUUGCUCGUUCAGGGUACACAAAAAAACAAAUAUUAUAAUAUAAUUAAAACUUUGUGUUGUAUUUUAAACCUAUUAUUAAUACGAGUAUUUUAUUACAGGCAUAUUACACUUUUAAAACGUCUUGAUCUCUUAUCUUAUAUACUGAGUGUUUCUCUAAUCAUUGUCCAUCAUCAUUAUUAUAGUCAAUUUAUAACCCUUCUCUAAUCUUCCACUCUGAAUUCUAAACUAAUAAGCGGGAUGAAUUCAAUAUUAGUAUUAUUAUUGUGUGCUACGUACUAUAUCUGCAUAGGAACAUUGAUAGACAAUUAUAUUUUAUUUUUUGAAUCUGUGUCGAAAGCGAAAUGAGUUGAAUACCUAUCUGAAAUUAUAAGAAGUAGAUAUAACUAUUUUAAAAUAGUGUUAAAAUAUAGCUCAAGCGAUUCCAUAAUAAAAAAAAGGGGGAAAAAAAGAAUCAAAUUUAUUUAAAAUCGUCCACGAAAAUUACAAGAAUCAUUCUGUAUUCCUGUAUUAUAAUUUAUAAAUAUUAUAUAUUUAUUUAAUAUAACCUUAUACUUGAUAUAACUGAAUCACGUUAUUUAAUACUGUGCACUUUAUUGCAAAUCAAUUAACUUACGUUCUAAUUAUUAUUUUUUCCAGAUCGAUUAUUGAAUAUUUAUAAAAGUCUCUAUAUAAUUCGAAACAAGUAAAAUGGUAAGCAUCUCGAGUUUUUAAAUAUUUGUGUUAAUGUUUGAUGAUUGUGACAAUAAUAUCUUUAUUGUUUGUUUUUUAAACAGUAGUUAACUUAACACACAGAGAGCAAAAGAGAAACAGUCACAACUCGUACCAAACGUACAAAUAUUAUUACCUAUGUUAUCUUUUAUAUUGUAAAAUUUUUAGGGAGUCAAUUUUCCGAAUCCUUUUUUCCAUAUCUUUUCUCAACACCAUUUUUUCCAAAAGUUUAUUUUCUCAAUGCAAUAUUUUCUAAUAGUUCGUUUUCCAGUAUCACAUUUCUCGAUACCACUAAAAAUGAUUAUUUUAUUAUUAAAAAAAUAGACUGGUACUGCUGAUGGAUGGGUGUACCACCAGCCAAUGUAGUUAUGAAGUUGGGAAGGGUAAAUUACAUAGAUUAAUUUAAUUUAUAUUUAUACACAAUGAUAAACCAUUGCUAAAAAAAAAAACGAUUCUAUACUAUUAUGCUUGCUGGAACUUGGCCUGACGCACUUUUAUGCGCUUUUAUAAUCAGUAUUUAUUUCUGUGAGGUUAGAUAAUUAAAAUAAUAUGUUUUGAUAAUCCUGUAGAACUACAAAAACUGAAAUAUAAGAUAUGUUGUCGUACGCGCAAC